AUGAGAGGGACGCGCGCGCUGCCGCUCCUCGUGGGCCUCACGGGUCUCGUGGCGCUCGUCGGGGCACUGUACGUGGAAGAAGACGCUGUCAAGAUGCUGGACGCCGAGGACUUUCGUGAACAGGUGCAGCAGGACUCGGGCGUGUGGCUGGUGGAGUUUUACGCGCCAUGGUGCGGCCACUGCAAAGAGCUGGCGCCCGAGUACAGGCGCGCGGCCAAAGCGCUCGCGGGUGUCGUGAACGUCGCGGCGAUCGACUGUGAGGAGAACGAGGGCUUUGUGCAGGAGUUUGAGGUGGAGGGCUUUCCGACCAUCCUGAUCUUUGGCAAGGACAAGACCAAGCCAACUGUGUUUGACGGCGAGCGCACGGCGAAAGGCAUUGUGGACGCGGCGCUAACGGCCUCUCGUCGAGUGGUCAAGGCCCGACUGGACGAUGGCACGGAGAAGAAGAAGAAGACGAAGACGAGGAAGCCUCGACCCGAGCCCAGGAAGAAGCCAGUGAAUGGCAAGAGCAGUGUUGUCCAACUCACGGACGCGACGUUUGACGACAUGGUGCUGAACAGUGGAGACGUGUGGCUCGUGGAGUUUUAUGCUCCAUGGUGUGGCCACUGCAAAGCUCUGGCUCCAGAGUGGGAGCAGGCUGCGACGGAUCUGAAGGGAUCGGUGAAGCUAGGGGCUCUUGAAGCGACAGUGAACGAAGUGAAGACAACCGAGUACAAAGUUGACGGGCUUCCUUCCAUUCGAGUGUUUGGACCCAACGCCAUGGGUCCUGCAGAUGCUGAAGAGUACACGGGCGAGCGCACAGCUGCUGCGAUCACUGACUUUGCUCUCGCCGCACUGGAAACACUGGGUGGCGGUCUCCGCAUCAAGGAGCUUGUUUCUGAUGAUGCCGUGGCCGACAUUUGCUACGGCAGAUCGAGCUGUGUAAUCAGCGUCCUCCCGCACAUUACUGAAGGCGGAAAGCGUGCACGUGAUGGCUAUCUCGAGACUCUCGAAGAGGCAGCGAAGCUGGUGCGUGGCAAGCCAUUCAAGUUUGGAUGGAUGCAAGGCGGCGACCAACCCGAGUUUGAGAACCGCUUCGAGCUGACGUUUGGGUACCCGUCAUUGGUGGCGAUCAACUUGGAUCGGAAGCGCUACGUCGUGCAACGUGGUGCCUUUACGGCUGAAGCCAUUAGUGCGUUUUUGCAGGAUGUCAUGCAAGGCCGCGAGUCAACAGUGGGUUUUGACGAGUUACCACCGAUCAAGACGGUCGAGCCAUGGGAUGGCAAGGACGUGGAGCUCGACGAGAUUGACGAAGAUGACGACGACGAUAUCUUGAGCGAGAUCCUGGCUAAUGCCGUCGGGAAGGAAGAGCUGUGA